UAUUUGUGAUUUGACUUCUAUUGAUCAUCCGUUAUUUUUAGAAUCGUUCAUGUUGGUGACAUACCAAUCUAUUAAUCCUUGACGCAAGAGCAUCUGUUAAGGUUUUCACAAGAAAAGCAUUUACCUACCAGGGCGUAUUUCAAGAGCUACCCCGCUGCACCGUAAGCUUCUUUCCGCACUGCAUAGCCCAUCGCAUCCGACCUCAAAACUUAAAACAACUUGGAACACUGAAAUCCCUCAACCUGCAACAACAUUGCAAGAAUCUAGGAGACGCGCAAUAUUCUUCAUUAAUAUACCUCAAGAUACUCAUAAAACCAACAGUUCGAUGAACGACGAAAAUAAGAUUGAGGGAAGAAAUCCCAUUAUCCCUCCUUCCUCUCCCUCCAAGAUGGCAGCAAAUGGCGCCAUACUGUCGCCCACAAGAAGCGUCUUUGGAGAUGAUAAAGGACAAGCACUUACCGGAAAGCAAGAACAUUAUCUAAAGCGCGAACUAAUCUCGCAACAAGUGAAAUUCGAAAUCACCGAGUUGAAUUCUCCCACGGCAUUACAGAGAUUCGGCGCCCCGUUCAAAUCUGAUCGCGGGGAGGUAUCUCCUUUAGAUUCCGAGCUGCCGAUUCUCAGAUACAUAUUUGUACAUCAUGUUCGCGAGUUUCCAUUUUUGGAUAAGGCGAAGGAGAAGGAGUUUUGGCAGGAUAAAUUACAAGUGUUCCUACAGUCGUUCGCUGAGAAGCACAUCUCGUCAUCCGAAGAUAGGCUCGAAGAAACAAAGCGCAGAAAGCUAUCACUGAAAUGUCAGAAGCUGGUGGAGUUGAUGAUGGUAUCUGGUAUACCUACGGCUUCAGGAUAUGAGGAGAGAAUUAGGUUUUCUGAACUCGAAGUUGUCGAUGCGGGCGCUAUCGAGCAUGGAGUUCUAUCAACUUUGCCAGAAGGCCAUUAUUUGCAUGGUUGGGAUGUAAAUGUGGCGGGCGUGAGAACGACAAAAGUCAAACGAAACAUCAGAUACCACAAACAUGCUGAAUUCGUUCUUCGAGUCAAGAGGAAGGGAGAAAUCCCAUAUUUCAUCGGACGCCGAUAUGGUGACUUUAGUAGACUUCACAAGAGGCUACGAACAGAACUUCCUGGCAAAGUCCUCCCACCAAUGCCUCGGAAAAACAAGGAGAGUUCAACUGCAUCGAACCUGAUCAGUGGUCUCACGGGUGGCAAAGAUUCCGAUGCGUCCUCGAUGUCCUCGGUUUCGACAAUGGGGACUAUGGGCGCCGAAUCUGGCAUGAAGAAUUUGUCUGUCCGUGAUCAUCGUCGCUCUGGAUCAGCGGCGUCAUUCGGAAGGUCAUCUCCGAGACCAUCAACAUCAUCCCCACGACCAUCAGUAGAUAGGCUUCUCAAACCUCCUUCAACUCCUGUUACAGACUCAGAUGGCAUAACUCUAUGGCGAGAAAAUCAACGCAUAUCCUUGAGAGCAUUCCUCCGUGGUCUUCUUGCCAAUCCUCAAAUUGCUGGAACCCGAGCGAUGCAAGAUUUCCUGUCACAACAACCUAUCAAACUAACCGACGAUGAUGUAGAGGAUGUCGAGAGAAGAAGGCUAAUGGACGAAAAGAGGGUCGUAGAGCAACAGCAGUUUUAUGAAAUAGCCAGGAAGCGCGCCGCCGAACUAGACAUCUACAUGGAAGAAUUCCGCCGCGACAUUGUGGAAAGCAAUGGUCUUACCAAACUAUUCAAAGAAAUUAAGGAUAAGCCAACCAUUCAAGAUCUUAGCAUUCAAUACCAGAAAUUUGCGGAAUGGUUACGAAUUGAAGUAGCAGCGACUCUUUAUCAUUUAUUUCUAGCAGAAGACAACUCCCCGGAAUUAUUCGCGCAAGCUAAAAAGAUUCAUUCAAUGAUUCCAUACACAAUUAUCAAGAAUGCAAUUCGAAUAGCUAAUCCAGCGGCUGUGAUGUCUAGCAUAUUAGACAUCUUCCUAGCUCAACCUUUCGGAACGAGAUCGCUUAUGCAAAGAAUCUUUUCUUUGACCCUGAAUGAUGGGAUCCGAAGCUUCCAAAAGUCUAUCGACGGCCUCCAAAACAAGAUCAAUGAGCCUGUCUUUUGUGACAAAUUGAAGAAGUUCUCUGACAGUCCUGAAGAUUUCAAGAAUGCCAUAAGACUUGAUGCAGAAGAGAGUGGCGUGGACUUGAUUGUUUCCAUCCUAAGGUCAGAAGAUAUCGAACCGCCCCUGAACUCGACCCAAAUCGGCAAGAUAUACAACGCUUAUGUUGCUUGGAAUAAUGCUGUGGAGAACGUUGAUGAAGAGAUGAAGCAAGGAGCACAAAUUUUUUCAUACUUAAAGCAACUCCUCAAAUUGUACACGAGACAGCGAGAUAAGGCUAUGAUGCUAAACAUGAUUGAAGAGCCGGUUACGUUACGCCUUCUUCGCGACUUGUUCACAAUCUUCUAUGAGCCUUUGGUGCGAGUAUAUAAAUCAGCAAACGUGUACGACAGUGUCACUGAUUUUGCCGAGUUCAUUGAGGAUACGAUAAAAGUUGUUGAAAAGUGCCGAGAGCAAGAUUUCUCAGCAGACCCAAAUCAAACAGUUCAAGCAUUUAUCGAUUUAUGCCAGCGACACGAGCACAAUUUUUACAAAUUCGUUCAUGAAGUACAUACACAUGAUAAUGGACUGUUUACCCAAUUGAUGGGUUGGAUAGAGGGAAUCCUGGAGUUCCUUCGUCAAGGUCCCAAGGGUGGAAAACUUGACAUCAAUGCUCUUGUUACAGGUGCCGUAAGCGUAAAUCAACUAGAUAAGGAAGUUGCUAUCAACGAAAUAAACCAAUUGAUUACUUGGCAAGAAGCACGUAAGAAGUGGCAUUCUGAUAAAACAAGACAAAAGAUGGCGGCAGAAGGCACAGGCGCCCCAGAGCAGAUACCCGGCGCACUAGCGUUCAAGAGUACCGAUUUCGGAUUGGACGAAGGGGAUCUCGAUGAUAUCAACUAUGGAGAAGACGAAGACAGUAGUGAUGAGGAUGAGGAAGAUGAUGAGUUGGACCCCAUUGCUGCUGAAAGGAAGAGAAGAGCAAGGAAACAGGAUCAUUUAAGGAGAACUGCCGGUGAACCUGCUAAGCCAGAAGUGGCUGAGGUGUAUAAGUUGAAGGAGGGAUUCUUGAGCAUGCUAAGAGGUGUACUUGCUGAGUAGAAUAGUUUUUGGAAUGGAGAUUUUGUCGGGAAAAGAAUAGUCUGGUAUCUUAGGGGAGGAGUUUGGUUCUGGGACAAAAUCAGUGUUGGGCAGGAUGGAGGGAUGGGAGACUUGGAGGAAUUUUUUUUAUGAGUUGAUUGAUAUCAAGAUCAGACGGUUGUAAUAGAUGCAGUGAAAGAAAAUAGCUUGAAGAGCGGAUAUUAGAGCGAAGGAUACCACAGAUAAUAAAUGCAUUUUUAUCGACAUUUUCGGGGGGGUUUUUUUGGUUUGGUUUUGGUUAUGGUUAUGAAGUAGAUCAAUACAAUUGAAGUGCUGAAAAUUCCUGGGAAGUUGAGUGUGUUGUUGGGUUUGGAUGUCUGAUGAUGUGAGCCGAGAAGAUGCGAACGAUAUACUUUGUGAGUUGUGGGAUUGAGAUUGAGAUUGAUAGGAGGAGGACGUCCGUUGGAAAUAUAUCUGAUGGGAUUUAAAGUGAUAUUGAUGAGUAUAAGAUUAAGUACAGUUAUGAGGA